AUGUCGAGGCUGCAGAGGUCGUCGGUGUCGUUCCGGCGGCAGGGCUCGUCGGGGCGCAUCUGGGACGACCCGCUGCGGGGGGGCCUGGACCUGAAGACCCUGUCAACGCCGAGGUCCGCGACGGCGGCGUGCGCCGCCGCCGUGGCGCCGCUGCACCACCACCACCACCACCACCCCGUCGACGCCAGCAUCGUCCUCGCCGGGGACCCCUCGCCCCGCGUCGUGUCCCGCUCGAUGAUGCGCCACGGCGGCGGUGCUGUUGGGUUCGGGGACGCGGGCGCCUCGUCGUCAGCUGCAGUCGUCAUCGUGGAGAGCCCGGCGUCCACUACGCCAAAUCAGCAAAUAGGAGCAAGCAAUCUGAGACAAACCUCUAAGGACACGUCUCAUAUUACAGAAAGAGAGACGCGCUAA